AUGGAAGAGGAACUUGAUCAAUUCGAAAAGAACAAAGUGUGGAAUCUAGUUCCCAAACCUGAGAAUGCUUCAAUCAUUGGCACAAAAUGGGUAUACAGAAACAAGCUAAAUGAGGCUGGAGAAGUAGUUAGAAACAAAGCCCGGCUCGUUGCUCAAGGAUAUUCACAACAGGAAGGUGUUGACUAUGAUGAAACUUUUGCUCCUGUUGCCAGGUUGGAAUCCAUAAGAAUUUUGCUUGCAUAUGCUUCUUUUAAAAAAUUCAAACUUUUUCAAAUGGAUGUUAAAAGCGCCUUCUUAAAUGGGUUCAUUGAAGAAGAGUGUAAUGAACUUGAAACAUUGGUUCUUGGCACUCAUAUUGUGCUAAAUUGCUCUGUUCUUGACUCUAUUUUUGGUUGCGCCUGCUCUGGCUUUUCGGAAUUACCAAAAAAAUUUUGGCCUGAAUCUCUUGAAGUGUCGUUUGACGAUGUUAAAAAAUCCCUCUCAAAUUCCUCCUCUGUUCCUGUUCAACUUGAUGUCCAUGAGGCCUCUCAACCUGGUCCCUCUACCAAAGGAAAAAAUUCAGAUCCCCCUGCUGUCUCCUCUGAAUGCUAUGAAGAACUUCUCGCCAAACUUUCUGCUAUGGAUGCUCAAAUUGAGUCCAUUAAAGACUUAAUGGCAUCCACGUUAUUUCAAGUGGAGAAGAUUCGCGAUGUGACUAGAGAAACAGUCUUGAUUGCUGUACGCAGAUCUAGAUCUGAAUAUAUAUGUAUAAUCAAAAUUAAGUCCAAUAUAUAUACUGACCCUGAAGUCUAUAUAUUAAACCAACUUACAAUAUCAGCUUCACAAAGGUUUCUUAGAGUGAAAAUGGAGUUAGUGUACUUGUGCACAGCUCUGGGAAUAGGGAUUUUAACCUUUAUUAAUGUGCUAAAGAGAGUAAAUGGCUGGUAUUAUUUACUCAAACUUAGUCCGGAGGAAAGUCGUUUGCCUCCAGGUGACAUGGGCUGGCCAUUCGUUGGUAAUAUGCUUUUUCUCUUGAAAUGUUACAUCGGUGGAAAUCUCGACGCAUUUGCAGCUUACUUUUCUACUCGGUUCGGGCCAGGAGGGAUGUACAUGGGACACAUGUUUGGAAGGCCAAGCAUUAUUGUCACAACGCCCGAAACGUGCAGGAAAAUCCUGAUGGAUGAAGAGAAUUUCGCCGUAGCAUUUCCAGACUAUAUGUUGAACCUACUAGGAAAUCAAGAGAACCAAGAACACAAGAUUCUUCGUCGAACAGCAGCAAACGCGAUAAAAACUCACGGAUCGUUGUCCUACUACUUUGACAGCGUGAACAAAAUCGUGAAAGGUUCCUUCGACAAAUGGCUUGCCACAGAUGAACCCCUCGAGUUGCUCUCUGAGAUGAAAAGGCCUGCAUUUGAGGUGCUUAUGCAAGUUCUUGUAGGCGGCGAAGAUGGAGUUUCUCGACAAGUGCUUGACUAUGUUUUCAAGGAGAAUCAACACAGGUUUAAAGCUUACAAAAGCUUGGCCGUUAAUAUCCCCGGAUUUGCUUUCUACAGGGGAGUCAAGGCUAGAAAAGCAGUAGGUAGGAUGCUUCAAGACGUAGUAAAUCAAAGAAAAGUGAUGAUUGCAAACAAACAAGAAAGGCCCAAGAGCAUGCUGGACGCGAUGCUAGACACUCAAGAUGAACAUGGAAAUGGAUUUAGUGAUGAGGAUAUCAUUAAAGUGCUACUCUCCUAUACAUUUGGUGGUUAUGAAAUUGUUGCUCUGGUUGCCAUAAAGACAAUUAUGCAUCUGGAAAAACACCCUGAGUUGUUGCAGAAAGCAAAAGAGGAACAAGAAGAAAUAGUUAACCGAAGACCAUCUCCAGAUGCAGGCCUUACUUUCGACGAGAUUGGACAGAUGAAGUAUCUUUCUAACGUAUAUCAUGAAACACUACGAUUUGGUAGCACUGAAACAAUCUUCUUUAGAAUUGCAAAAACUACUGUUAACAUAAAUGGGUACACCAUACCUAAGGGGUGGAAGGUUUUGACAACGUCAGGGCAUUGGUAUAUGGACCCUAACACUUAUGUGAAACCUAAGGAAUUUAAUCCUUCAAGAUGGGAUGAUGCAGAGAUCAAGCCAACCUCCUUUCUUCCUUUGGGAGUAGGUCCCCGAAUGUGCCCAGGAGCCAAUUUGGCAAAGCUUACGAAUUUAGUAGUUGGUCAUUACUUUCUUCUUAACUACAGGCUUGAGCAAGUUAAGCCACCGAGCAAAGGCGAGCCUCCUGAAAAUUGUCUAGUGAGAUUCAAGAAGAUCUCAGCAUAAUAUGAAUGACAACUUCACCAUGUUUUCCAUUAUUCCCCACUUGCAUUGCUCUUUAUCAUGAUGUGAAUCUUAAAUUGGCCUUUUCUUUUAAUAGCAAUCUGUCAUAUGAGCAUGGGCACCUUUGUAAUAUUUUAUCAAUAAUGAAGUUGUAGUCCGGUGGUUCCAUCUUCAA